GUUUGUGCAGACCCUGAUGACUGGUUUAGAGUGUUUUGGAACAAUUUUUUUUAGAAUUUUUUUGUGUGCCUGUGUAGAGGAUCUGAUAUAAACCUUGAUUCAAGACUGUUAGUAUCUGGAAGGAAUACUGUCACCGACAGCUAAUCUGGUUCUUUCAGCUCAUUUUGGAAUUUCCAACUCUGUGAAUGUGCAUGAGAAUAUAGGGACGGAAGGAGUUAUGUUCCGGGUUCAGCAUUGCUUCAUGACGGUCUAUUUCCCGCUGCUCCUUGCUUGGAUCAUUAAAGCGAAGGGGUUGGGAACUGGUAAUGAAGACACCAAGAGUCUUUCCAAUGAAGCGCAAGAUUUUUCGCAUUCUGAUAGUCGCCUGCUGUUGUUUGGCGGGAUAAAGAUGAACACCUUAGCUUUGAGGCGCACGGACUGUAUACUAGACAUUUCUGUAGAAAUUGGUGAUAAGGCCUGGACGCAUCCGGUGAGUUCUGCCUCAUUUGCGUUCCAGAUACCGUUGACAACUUUUCGUGGCAAGAUCGGUAUGAUUUCUAUCCAUGAGCAUGAAGGAAGGAAGCUCACUCUAUGGAGCCACUUCUUCCUUGUACGAGACGUGGGAGUGCAGCGAAUCGAUGCAAUGUUGUCCGGAGAUUGUACAAGAAUAACAGUUCCAGGGACUGCAUUGAUUUCGUGGAUCCCCACGAUGUGUCCUCUGGUUAACUUCAUUGAAAAAAGCUCCACCCUAAAUCUUUAUACGGAGCUUCCGACACAUACGAAAUUGAUGUGUCCUGUAGUCUCAACCGACGUGGACAAUAUUUGCAGUAUAGCAGGAGCUUUAGAGGUAUAUCCAGCAUUUGAGGAGAAAAAAUACUCUAAAAGCUCGUUCCUGAAGAAUUUGGGUCUCUACAUCCGGAAUCAAAUUGGAAGUUCUGAUUGGCACCUCGUAUUCGGUGUGCGUUUCCUACAAACGUGGCACAUUCAUUGCCUUGGAUUUAUGUUACUGUUCCUUAACAUGGUUAAUAGCUGGUUACGAACACAUCUUUUGAAGGGCACAGAAACGGAUUUAUCCAACUUGGAGCUCCUUGGCACAGCUCACGAAUUUGCACCAAUAAUUCUUGAAGGGGAGCAGCAAACAAGAUGUCACAGCACUGAUAUGAGCUUCUCUGGGUUCUCAAGGCAAACUAAUACUCAUGCAACACAAGACUUGCGACGCUCCACCGACAUAUUUUACCAAGAUAGUUUGUGGCUGGACGCACAUCAAUAUCUUCGUAAACUAAUGGACUCACCUGAGGAUGACUCAGGCUUUUACUACAACUGCACCACGCAACGUCGGUCGUUCAACGAUAUAUUGAUACAGUCCGGGCGAUGGAGCAGGGACUGCAAUGGACGUCUCAUCCGAGAUCACCCCUAAUAGCGUAAUUUCGACCUCGACAAUUUACAUACCACACACAUAGGUAUUGAACUGUUCGUGAAUUCAUGGUUUGACACGAUUAUCAGGUUGAUUGAUUCCAACCAGAAUUCUUUAGAUUCCGAGUAAAAUUUGUCAAACGGAUGUAUACACCUUAAUCAGCUUAUUACUCUAUACCAUUUAAUCUCACCACUUAGAAAAAACUCCAGAUUCACAAUUCUGAGAAGACGAGGCUCGUUGUUCAUGCCAGAUAGCCACGAAGACCGAGCCUCUUUAGGGUACAGUUCUACUACAAGCUGUGGUUUGACGAGUUUGAACUCUGACGACAUGUGCCAAAACCGGGAUAUAAAAAAUCGAUUAGAGUUUAAAUCUAAGAAAUGGUAAAG